AUGGUGGUCUCUUUGUCGAGUAGAGGACCUCGGCUGUGGGUGGUUGAUUGUUGCAGGGAUCAUAGGCGUAAUCCGUUAGUUUUUCGCAUAUCUUCUUCGCAUGCUGCACAAGCUAAACCUAAUGUUCAGACACUUGAUAUGACCAAAGAACGAAUCAAGAAACUGCUGAGCAAUGUGGAACUUUCUGUAUCUUCAUAUGACACAGCCUGGGUAGCCAUGGUUCCUUCUCCAAACUCUCCCAAUUCCCCUUGUUUCCCUCAAUGUCUGAACUGGGUGAUGGAUAAUCAGCUUAAGGAUGGUUCAUGGGGUCUUCAUCAUCAUCAUCAUCAUCCCCCAUUACUUAAAGAUUCUCUUUCUUCAACAUUAGCAUCUAUUCUUGCAUUAAAACGAUGGAAUCUCGGGGAACACCAAAUUAACAAGGGUCUAUGUUUUAUCGAGUCAAAUUUUGCUUCAGCCACUGACGAGAAUCAACCAUCUCCGAUUGGUUUUGAUAUUAGUUUUCCUCAUAUGCUCGAGUAUGCCAAAGAAUUGAACAUAAGUCUCCCGUUAAACCAAACAGAUUUGAGUGUGAUGAUACAUCAGAGAGAAUUGGAGCUCAGACGAUGUUGUUCAAGGCAGAAGGAAGCGUACCUCGCAUAUAUUUCAGAAGGACUCGGAAAUUACCAUGAUUGGAACAUGGUGAAGACAUAUCAGAUGAAGAACGGUUCUCUUUUCAAUUCGCCUUCAGCAACAGCAGCUGCUCUUAUUCAUCAUCAAAAUGCUGGCUGUCUUGAUUAUCUAACUUCACUUGUGAAUAAGUUUGGGAAUGCAGUCCCGACAGUUUACCCUCACGAUUUAUAUGUUCGACUUCACAUGGUUGACACACUUGAAAGAUUAGGAAUCGCACGGCAUUUCAGGACGGAAAUCCAAAAUGUUUUAGAUGAAACAUACAGAUACUGGGUGCAAAGGGAUGAACAAAUAUUCAUGGACGUUGUCACUUGUGCUCUAGCCUUUCGGAUAUUAAGGACCAACGGGUAUGAAGUCUCCUCAGAUCCAUUAACUGAAUCUACAAAAAGGGGGGACUACAUGAAUUUACUUGAAGAGCCUUUCAAAGACAUACAUGCAGCUCUUGAAGUGUAUCAUGCAUCACAGAUUAUGCAUCAAGAAGAGUUGUCUUCAAUCCCUUCAAACAGUCUCAAUAAAUUCAUUCACAAACAGGUGGGCGUCACGCUUAAGUUCCCCUUCAACGCUGGUUUAGAACGCAUGUCCACUAGAAGAAAUAUAGAGCAUUACAAAGUGGAAGAUGCAAGAAUCUUGAAAACGACUUAUCGUUCACCAAACAUUAGCAACGAAGAUUACAUAAGGUUGGCUGUGGAAGAUUACAAUGCAUGCCAAUCUAUUUACCGCGAGGAACUGAAAGGUCUUGAAAGGUGGGUGGUGGAGAAUAGAUUGGACAAGCUCAAGUUUGCAAGGCAGAAGACAGCCUACUGUUACUUUUCUGCUGCUUCAACACUUCCUUCGCCUGAACUAUCGGAUGCCCGUAUUUCAUGGGCCAAAAAUAGCAUUCUUGUUGGGAUGAUUGAUGACUUCUUUGAUGUUGGAGGGUCUAUGGAUGAAUUGCUGAACCUGAUUCAGUCAGUUGAAAAAUGGAAUGUAGAUGUUGAUGAUGCUUGUUGUUCAGAGGAAGUUCGGAUUAUAUUUUUAGCGCUGAAGGAUACAGUUUAUUGGAUUGAUGAGAAAGCUUCAAAACGGCAAGCACGAAAUAUAACAAGUCAUCUAAUAGAAAUUUGGUUGGAUGUGUUGAAGAGUAUGUUAAGAGAGGCAAUAUGGACGAUAGAUGGUCGGGUACCGACAAUAAACGAGUAUAUGGAAAACGGUUAUGUAUCACUUGCAUUGGGCCCGAUUGUACUCCCGGUUCUUUACUUUAUCGGUCCAAGAUUGUCAGAGGAAAUUGUUCGGAGCUCCGAAUAUCACAAGCUAUUUAAAUUAAUGAGCACCGAGGGUCGCCUUUUGAACGAUAUCCGAGGCUACAAGAGAGAACUGAAAGCGGGCAAAUUAAACGCUGUAACGUUACACAUGCGUCAUGCCAAGUGCGGUCUUGUGGAAGAAAAGGUCGUCGAGGAGAUAAAGAUUUUGAUCGAAGAUCAAAGGAGAGAAUUGAUGAGAUUAGUUUUGCAAACGAAAGGAAGCAUUGUUCCCAAAGCUUGCAAAGAUACGUUUUGGAACAUGUCGAACGUGUUGAAUCUAUUUUAUGCAAAGAAUGAUGGGUUCACCAGAAAUGACAUCCUUGAUAUUGUCCAACAAAUCAUCUAUGAACCGGUAUCCCACCCGUUGAUGCGCUGA